ACAACUGUCAAAAGUUUGAAUGAAAUGCGCGAUUUGCCGAUUUGUGGCGAAUAGGUUAGAUUUUUCUAAAUAGGAAUAUUAAUUAAACUAUAUUGAUGUAUUUGCUAAAAUAAUAUCAUGGCGUUUAAGAAGACUGCAGUUUUCAUAUCGGUGCUGUGUUUACUUGGAUGCACGUGUGAUGGAGCCAAAAUAAACACUCCAAGGGUGUUGUUACCUUGGCUUGAGGAUUUGAAUAUAAAUUUUACUUUUGAAAUCAUUGAGGGGGGCUGUUACACAUGGAGUUUGUCUCGCGAUGACAUCAUUGACUUGGAGCCGCUGUAUGAUGAUGCUACGGGUCAUUGUUCGCGGGCGGCGCGUGUCUCCGUCUCCAAGUCCUGUGUACCACCAGGCUCGGUGAUAAUUCUUGCCGAAGAAGUCAAUACAGGCGAGAUUCUCCGAGGUGAUGUCGACAUAGACAAAAUAAGGUCUUUAAAGGUUAUGAGUACAACAUGGAACCUGUUCCUAGAAGAAGCUCCUGAAGCCUUUGAAGUUGUUGCUUAUGAUGACCAGGGAAAUAAAUUCUCUACCCUGGAAGGAAUAAGCUUUACAUGGAGCAUUGAGAAUCUCGGAAGCAAUGUUGGAGAGGAUCCUUUGGUUACGCUAGUCCGUUGGAGAGACACAGACUAUGAAGCUCCACGAGGUGUCACGGAGCUUGAAGCUCGUGGUCUUCGUUCGCACUCGGUGUUGCUAUACGGUCAGGCGAUGGGCGAGUCAAGAGUCACUGUGUGCCUUGAAGACAUAUGCACUGAUUUCAACCUACAAGUCAUAGCCAGUGUUGUGCUGAUGCCUGCUAUUGCAAGUAUUGUACCGGGAGAUGCUUUAAGAUACAAGGUCGUAAGAGCACGAGCAGGCCGUCUCACCAUCCAAGACAUAACAGAAACCGUAUACUACCUAAAAGUGCCAGACACAAGCAUAGCCCUAUUAGAAGACAGUGUCAGUCUGGUCAAAGGAAAGGAGAUAGGCACCACCAAUGUGUACUUAAUGUCAGGAGCUACCGAAGUAGCAUCGGCUACGUUGACCGUUGCUGAAGCACACUCUAUCCGAGUCUCAAUACGUCCCUCAAACUUAGUUAUCAAAGGAGAACCCUUUGUAGUACAUUGCAUAGUUCUCGAUGACAAAGGCCAUGCUUUAUUAUCUGGUGACCAGAUUCUAAUAAGGCUUUCCGUAGAAGGAGAAGCGAAUGUAGACCUUUUGCGGUCCACGGAGAAUGGAACUUUGACUGAUGCGGUUGCUCAUAAUGCUGGUUCGCUAACUAUCACUGCGAGGUUAUAUUCUAUUGCGGGGAGAACAGUUUCGCGAAAAGUGGAAGGUCAGGUAACAGCAGAAGCCAUUGAGCCCUUAGAAAUUGUACCACCACAUCUAUUCGUAUCUUGGACAGACACAAUGCAGGAAGUGUCACUGAAACACAUUGGAGGUGGUGAUGAGCCUGUAGUAUGGUCGGAGAUAGAGAAUGAGUAUUCUCCAGACCCUCUCUCUCUGGCUUCUGAUGGAGUAGUGACGAUACGAGGACCCGGUCAGCUGGGUGUGAGAGUACAGCUGAAGAAGUACCCACAUGUCAAGGCUAUUGGAAGGGUGUUAUCAGCUCCAUUCGAAAUGCUACAAGUGUCGAGUUCCGGUCACGCGCGCGUCGGUAAACCACAUUACCUACACAUCGCGUUGACGGCCACGCACCCCGAAACUGGAGAACUGUAUAAUUUCCAUACUUGCAACUGCGGCUCUUUCGCUGUUACUCUACUGGAGGGACCCGAACCACAAAAUGUUACCGUCGCUAAUUGGAUGAAACCUGCUGACGGCGCAUGUUGCGUCCUGGAGUGCGCAUGGAGCGCGCGCGGCGUGUCGACGGUGCGCGUGUCGCGCGGCCGCGCGGGGGACAGUGCGCGCGUGGCCGUGCGCGCCGCGCCCACUCUACUCUGGCCCUCACACGCCGCCGCGCUGCCCGGGGCCACGCUGCCGGUACUUGCCGAGGGAGAGGCCCUAGUCCCCCAGUCCCUGGACUCCCGAGUGGCCGAUAUAUCGGUCCGCGACGGUCCGCCGCCACACCGCCACCCGGACGUACAACUGUUCACGUUCAAGUGUCGUAGGAAAGGCGAAUCUGUAGUGGAACUAGUAUCUACAGCGGCGGAGGAGCGCGAGUCGGUAUCUCUGGAAGGAAGCUGCGCCCCGCAUGUGUCGCGGGUCAGGCUGGAGCCACCCGAUACUCCUGGGAACUGCUCCACUCCACACAAAAUAUGGCUACGUCCUGGCCAGGAAUUAUCAGUAAAAGUGACACUCCUAGACGCGAUAGGCCGUGAGCUUCUCGACGAGAACGGUCCCAAGAUGUCGUGGGAUAUUGAACCUUAUCACCCUGGCUUACAGUUCCAAGCUACGGACAGGUUGUUUGUUGAAACACACCCUGACUACGCUCCUGUACCCGUGCCGUAUAAGUAUUAUCAAGUAGUGUUAGCUGAAGACAUGGCAAUUGGAUGGACGGGUGCGUUGAAAGCAAGCAUUCCUGAUGCGACUGCCUCUAUACAAGCCAGGGUCGUAGCCCCAUUGAAAUGUGAUCCACUCAAGGUGAAUAUAGCUUGGGAAAGCGAGAUAGUAACCAACAUAGCGACUAUAAGUGGCGGUAGUGGUCGUUACGCCGUGGAGGCACCGAAAGGGGUGUCAGCAGAGGUCGAGGAUGGCUCACUGUCGGCUAACGUACCUGGUCCAGGGUCAUACGACCUUAUAGUCACCGAUCUGUGUGUUCAAGGAGAAAAACAACUCAUAGAGGUCCAUAUCGAAGAAGUGCUAAGUGUAGAAGUAUCAACGUCCCGCGCGGUGGGGGUGGGUGCGUGCGUGCCCGUGACUGCGCUCGUGAAGGGCGUGUCCCACCGGUACCUCACUGUUGGGAAACCGCCUGAAUGGAGGACUUCUGGGUACAUUUCUGUCAAAGACGGCUCUCUAUGUGGUCUCCAAGAGGGUAUGGGUAAAGUCAGGGCGCUGUUUGGCGGUGUCUGGAGCCCUGAAGUUGAGGUGCAAGUGUUCCCCGCGCUGGCUAUAGUCCCGUCCCGGUCCCGCGUCCCGCCGGGCGCUAGGCUCCAACUGCGGCAUGUCGGGGGACCGCCCCCCCACCUGGCACACCUACACUACUCGCACACACACGGACUGCCGCAUGUCGAGGUGACGUCAUCCGGUUCCGUACACGGUCUAUCGAUCGGUACGUCUCGUAUCAAGCUGGUGGCAACCGAUUUCAAUAAUGUUGAGAUGGCAAGCGCUGAGGCUGAAGUUGAGGUGGUCCCAAUAUCAGGUAUACGCGUGAAGGCAGCGACUCAGAGCCUACUGGUAGGGUCUCCGAGCCCCUUGUGGAUAGAGGCAGGUGGCCUUAGUGCCGCAGCCCUGGCCGCGCUCAUGCCACCACCGAGGGUCACUUGGACCCUGAGAGACCCUGCUACUGCCAGAUUGUAUACUACUCAUGCUGAUGAUAUGCUCGAGAGGUCUGUAGCUGAAGGAUUAUCAGUGCGAGUGGUGCCACUGAAGCCAGGAGUCAUCACUAUCGAUGUUCGAGUGCGGAACAUGGGACAGGCAGCAGAAACCCGUUCCUGGGACAGUACAAUCGAGAUCCUUGGUCUAGCCGACAUCAGAACAUCAGUGGAAGGUCUUUCCAAGGAGAUUUCCUCAGGAGACAGACUGGCACUAGCCGUGAGCUCUGCCAUCAAACUCAAGUCUUUGCCGAGAGGAACUUGGAAGGCGUAUGGUGAUGGGGCCGUUACAAUCAGUGCAGCUGGUGAAUUACUAGCUGUGAGACCUGGCCACGCAGUCAUUGUAGCCCAGCAUAGGGAUGAGAGGAACAAUAUCUUUAGAGAGACGGCCAUCCAAGUGGAAGUGUCAGUCCCCUGGUACUGUACCCUGGAGUCAGACGGCGAGUCCCCCGAGGCAGCACUGCGCCUGGUCCUCCGCACGGCACUCGGUCGGGCACUACUCGCGCCGCAUGCCAACGUCAGCGCCACUGGACCACUGGUCGUACAUACCCGGCCGGCUAGACAUACUGACAGUGUCCUUGGUACAGAGCUGGUGAUACCAGAUCUGGACGCGGUGGGCGCGUUCAUGACGUUCCAGGGGACAGUGAGCGGUGUUACUGUCAAGGACGAAGUCCUGGUCACUGGGACUGAUGUGAAAGCCGACAGAGUUGUUGCGACGGGCAGUUGGGGUGUGUGCGUGGAGGGCGUGGGGUGGCGCGCCCCUCGCGGCGUGUCGGUGUACGGCGGCGGCGCGGCGGGCGGGGCCGGCGUGUCGCUGGCGCUGCUGGCGCGGCCCGGGCCCGCCACUCAUGUACUGCGCCGGGACAGGCCGCAGCAUGUCUUCACGCUCCAUCAACUGCAGCUCGACAAGAUGGAGUUCCUCCCCGGCGAAUGGGCAUCAGAACUAGUUCCACUCUCGUUCACGGCAGCAGGUCUAUCGUCGGGCCCGCUCCUGUGUACGGAGGAGCAGAGGUACGCGCUGGAGGGCACGCCCAUAGAGCUACCCUACACCUGCCGGACUAAGGCGCCGCAUACUGCAGAGCCUGUUAUUGAUGUUAUUAAUGGACAAAUGGGCUGCAAGAUAAUCCCAGCCUCAACAAUCACGGAUGCUGCGGAAGUAGAGCUAUGUGCUGAAUGGGGAACGUACAGGACUUGUACGAAAACGAUGCUGUUACCCCAAGUACGAGUGUCGACUAACAAAGUGUCUCUGCUCACCCCACCGGCUACGUUCACCGUGAUGGGUCAUUCGCACGCUCUGAAGUUAGUCAGGUUGACGCCUUCGCCCGGUCUGAAGUUAGAAACGAGAAUGGAUAAUGGAGAACUACUAGUAAUAGUGACGAACGAAGCGUCAACCUGCGGUCACGGUUGGGUAACAGUACGGUCGAAGCUGACGUCCCAGGAGCUGCGAGUGGACGUGCAGAGAGAGUGUGACGUGGCGUGUGGCACUCUACUGGGCGCGCUGUUCUCCUUGCUGAAGCCGUACAUGUCUACUAUAAUCACUGUUGCUGCCGCUGCCGCUGCUUAUUUGUAUAUACAACAAAGAAUGCAACGGAAAGCGCCGAUACGGAUGCCGACGGAUCCAAACGAGACCAUACUACCACCUGAAGCCUCACCCAUCCAGAAUCGGUCGCGGACAUGGUCACGCAGUCCCUACGCUUCCAGUGGGCCUACUGCGCCGGUCUACGGGGACGCAAGCAUGCUACCUGAACAGAGCUUCUCUCCAAACUCGACCAGGAAUUCCAUGUUCCUAUAGCAGUCCGGAAGGGAUAGUGUAUACAGGCAAAGACGUAGGCUUGGACAUUACGUACGUCGGUUUUUUAAGCCGUUUUCUAUGUAAAAUAUUAGUUACUGCAGGUUGUUAACUCUUUUGGUUCAUAUUGAAACUGUUUUACUAGUAUAUGAUUAGCAUUCUGGACCACUUUUCGCUCGGCGAAUUGCCUUCGCUCCGGUGGUCCAGAAUGCCCAAUAGUGAAUGGUCAAAUCGGAUGUUUAUUGCGUAAAACAGUUUAAGUAAUAAUGACAAAUAUUUGCGUUACUAAAAUUAACCUAGUCGACCAUUCACGAUUGGGCAUUCAGGUAAACAGGCUCUAAUAGUAUUUGUUCCAAAUUGUUAUUAACUACUUCUAUCAAGACAAAACAGUAGUUUCUUACUUUUCGGUACUUCACUGUUUCUUACCUUUCAUAUAAUUCUACAAUCUUUUGUUUAUUCUAUGUGUUGUUUUAAAAGUGUCUCUGUUGUGACUGUGUAAAAAUCGACUAAGAUAAUCGACCUAUCGACUAAGAUGUCUAGCCUGUCGGGACUUUGAAUCUGAUAAAGGAUAUUGUUUCGCCGUAUCGGUGUAUUGUGUAAAUUUGAACUAGAUAGAGUGAUGUCUAAAGCAUGGUUGUGAGCAUUAUAAAUGAUGUCAUAUUCGCCCUUUUCAUUGAUUAUAAGGUUCCUUAUGAGUAUGAGUCAAUAGGUAACCUUUAGUCAAUGAUGGUAAGUAUGUAUGUAUGUUUGUGUAGUGAAACAAAGUGAGACUAGAUAAUGACGAGUCACUAAAUGUGUUACUUAUUAACAUCCUAUAUACAAGAUAAUAUUGUCAAUGAAAAUUGAACUUAAUUGUCUCGUCUCAUUAAGUUUAUUUUACAGUUUAAACAUAGUCGUAAUAUAAACCGUAGAUUAAUAUAACGUCUUUUGUAAAUUGAGUUUCAAGCAAAUAGUAUUAAUUUAAAUGGAGAAUAACUUGCUAGAACUUGAUUAUAAAUAGAUACUUAUUUUCCUUGAAAGUAAUGCAAAAAUUCAAACUAUAUUCCUUUUUAUACCACAGUUUAUAAAUAAAUAAGAUAAAAGAAAACACUAAUUUAUUUGUAUUAGCAUUUAUUGUUACAAAGUUGUGCUUCACUUAAAACUUAGUUAAAUUAAGAUCAAGAAUCAAAUUUCAAAAUUGACAUGAAAAUCGUUAUUUAGGAAAGAUACCAAAGUAUCGUAAUGUGUUUUCGAUUUAAUAAUUGGUUGGUUUCUGUUGUAUGACAUAUUGGAUCGUUAAUAAAUUCGUUAUGAUUAUGAUAUUACGUGUUAUUGGUGUUGGUACUCAAAGGACUAAUAUUAAAUCGAUAUUGAUCGAUAUUCUUGAAAGAAGAAUUAAAGUACGCGUCCACAGGCCCGCAUCGCACGCAACGAAUUUUAGUUUGUCUUGUAUAGAAACUCAUACAACUGCGUCCACUGAUCCGCAUCGUACCGACCGCUCGUCGGCUAUGCCUACAAUACAUGCGAUGCGUACGGAUGACGUCAUACGGUAUGUGUACGAUGCGGGCCUGUGGACGCUUACCUUUAAACAUAAUCGUCGGUCGAUCGGACAAGUCUAUAAUGUAUGGGAGUCUUAACAGCUUUGCUUAUAAAGUAAAAGUUCUUGAAAAUAGAUGCGUAUAGAUUUUUUUAUAGGAUCUGAUUCAAACAGUACUAUCAUUCCUAAACAUGUCUUUAAAAUGUAUGUUUUUAAUUACUGGCAGCCAAAACAAAAUGGUCAAUGAAAUUGUGUGCCAAAGAGGUUCAUUGGAUCUUUUACAGUAAAAUAUUUAAUUUAAAUAUACAGCUUUACUCAUUUGUAUGAGUUCCGUGUGACUUGAAACUAGUUGAGCCAUUCUCGUACGUAAGUGACUCGUAUAUUUUAAUUAGGUUUAAAUAUUCUCCACGAAAAAAGAAACAUUGACGAUAGACAGAAGUCUAAUAUAAAAUUAUUUACUUUUCUCCAUAAUCGCAUUUCUCUCGCUUACUUAAAAUAGUGAUAACUAGGUGUAAAAGAAAUGUAAAUACAAUUUGUAAAUAAGAUCUCAAAGAACUAGAUUUAGUAGUUUUAUAUGAUUGUAUUCGCAUUUCAAUGCAGUUAACGUUUUUGUUACGUAUUGUAAAUACAAACACAUGUUUUUGUUACAAAAGGAACUCUAAGUCAUUUUUAUUAAAAGUCAAAUUUGUUUGAGUAUGGAAAACUAAAAAGAUGUGUUUGUACCUGUACACGGUAUGGGGUUAUGGAGCUUGUGAUGUGUGAAAUAAAGUAUUUUUAUAAAUUUAA